CGCAAAAUUUCAGUAGCUCGAGAACAGUCGAACGUAGCGAAACGGAAGUGAAUAGGAAAAACGCUUUUGGAAAAGUGCAGCAUGUCUGGCAGUGAAAACUUGUUAUAUCUCUGCCUGCUCUUGACAGUGGGCGUGGCCUGGACUAAGGCCGAGACACAGCGCCCCAUCACAGAGACGUGUUUGGUGUGCAUGUGUGAGGCGCUGAGCGGCUGCAAUGGCACCGCGGUGUGUGUGAACGGGGCCUGCGGCCUGUUUCGCAUUACCUGGGAUCAGUGGGUGGAUUCGGGACGUCUGACAAUUCCGGGCGAUUCACCGCUCUCCGACAGCUCAUUCACAAACUGCGCAAAUGAUCCGCACUGUGCGGCAGACACACUGCAGCAUUAUAUGGUUAAGUAUGGGCAGGAUUGCAAUGGGGAUGAGCAUGAGGAUUGCUACGACUAUGGCGCUAUACACUAUAUGGGUCCAUUCAAUUGCCAAGCGGAUAUGCCCUAUACCUACGAGAGCAUCUUUAAAAGGUGUCUCAAGCGAGCGGAGAAGCAACAAAAACAACAACAAGCAACAAAUAACUGAGCGAAUUUAUUAAUCUGUUAUUGUGUCUAUUUAUUCUAGGAAAGUGAAUUGUUUAACGAACUGUAUAUAGCACAUGGGGUUUUCCACCUCAUUAAAUUCAAUUGUUAUAUAAGAAAAUUAAAACUUUUUUUUACAUUG